CUCACUCUGUACUUUUUCCUCGUGGGUUGGCUGCUAUUUUUCUGCCUCCUCCUCCUACCCUGGCAGUUAAACAUCAAUCGUCCAGGCUGGAAUUUCACUCGCAGCUUUACCCUCUCUACCACUUCCUUCACCACAAACCACCCGACAGAACAAACCGUCUCAAUCCUACAACCCCAACUCAAAAUGGCCUCCGAGCAGACUUUCAUUGCUAUCAAGCCUGACGGCGUUCAGCGCGGUCUUGUCGGCCCCAUCAUCAGCCGCUUCGAGAACCGUGGCUACAAGCUCGUUGCCCUCAAGCUCGUCAGCCCCAGCAAGGACCACCUUGAGACUCACUACGCCGACCUCAAGGAGAAGCCCUUCUUCCCCGGCUUGGUUCAGUACAUGCUGAGCGGUCCCAUCUGCGCCAUGGUCUGGGAGGGCCGUGACGCCGUCAAGACUGGCCGUACCCUCCUCGGUGCCACCAACCCUCUUGCCUCUGCCCCCGGUACCAUCCGUGGUGACUUCGCCAUCGAUGUCGGCCGAAACGUCUGCCACGGUUCCGACUCCGUCGAGAACGCCAAGAAGGAGAUUGCUCUCUGGUUCAAGGAGGGUGAGGUCAUCAACUACCAGAGCCACAGCGCUUCUUGGAUCUACGAGAAGGCUUAAAUUACAAAAAGACAAUUGAGCUUAAGACUGCGUGAGGCGUGUGUCUCAUGCUGAUAGAAGCGUUCAUGUGUCUUAUAUAGCAAACACAAAAGCAAAUAAAAGGAUCUUCACGCAAA